AUGAGACAAAAGUCUGACUCAUGUUUCAGCUCCCACUCAAAUAGAUAGGACACCUUAUGGAAAAAAGGGUAUCCUAACAUCCAAUACGGAGCCUAAUUGGUGACUUUAAAUGGUGUGAAAUUCAAGGAUACUUAAAAAUAAAUCCUGUAGUUUAAAUUUGCUUAUCUCCAAAGCAAAUAUUUGGUAGUUGAUCAAAAGUACAUUAACUUGGAAAAUAUUUAAAUGAAAAGGAUGAUGGUGCCACAAUAAAAUUUAGCAUGUCUAAAACUGAAUAAUAAUUUCGAUUCUCUUGAAAUUAUUGGUUCAGUUAUAUGCAUUGGCGAGAUAUAUGACUAUUGUAAAUUAUAUACAAUCCAAGAAAAUUUUGAGAGUCACUACUAGAUUCUUAAGCUAAUGGGCAAAGGAUCGUUUGCAAAGGUCUUUAAAAUCAGAUAAAUCGAAAACUAACAAAUUUAUGCAGUAAAAAUAUUUAAUAAAAACAAAAUGUUUGAUAACGAAGAAGAAAAUUAAGUAAAUUAUUUACAUUAUUUUAUUUAGAAAAGUUUGUGGAAAGAAAUCCAAAUCAUGAGAUUAAUGAAUCACAAACACAUUAUUAAGUUACGCGAAGUAUAUGAGGAUAACAAUAAAAUUUAUAUUGUAACUGAUCUAUUGAAUGGCGGUGAAUUAAUAUCCCAUAUUGAGAAAUAAAUUAAAGUAUACGAUGAAUCUCUAGUAAGAAAACUAGUUUACAAUUUAUUAGAUGCUUUGGCAUAUAUACAUGAAAGAAAGAUUAUUCAUAGGGAUAUUAAACCAGAAAAUUUAAUCUUAAAGGAUGAAAAUGACAUUUCGAAUAUUUCACUCGCAGAUUUUGGAUUAGCAGACUUCUAUUAAAAUGAUGGAUAAUAUUUAUUUAAAAGAUGUGGCUCAUUAGGCUAUGUAGCUCCUGAAAUAUUGCAAGAUCAACAUUAUGAUUUUAAGGUUGACGUAUACUCUUUAGGAAUUGUAAUGUUCUUACUAUUAACUGGUGAGUAAGCAUUUAAGGGAUCUAGUACAUCAGAAGUAUUAUAAAAUAAUACUUAUGGAAAAAUAGAUGCCUACAAACUUGCACAUUGUCAUGUUAGUUUGGAGGCGAAAGAUUUAUGUCAAUAAAUGUUGAAUUUUGACCCAAAUUAAAGACCCACUGCUGAAUAAGCCAUUAAGCAUCCUUGGUUUAAAGUUGAUAACAAACAUAUAUCCCUUCAUACAAUAUCGAUGAACAGAAUUCCAUAAAAUCUUAAAGGUUAAAAAGAGUUUUUGUUUAGCUUGACUCCAUUAUGGGUUAAUAAAAGCUUAAGAAGCAUUAGUGAUUCUUCCGAUAAUCUAUGUGCUUAAAGUAAAAAUAGUUUAUAUUAAAGCUCUUAAUGUAAGGGACAGAACCAUAAAAGAAAUUCUGGACUAUCAUCAUUUUAAAUUAGAUUCAACGGUGUAUGAUUUAGAAGACGAUUACAUUGAUGAAUAGGAGUCAGUGGCUAAUAGGAUUGAAAAUCACAAACUGCUUGUAAAGUAAAGAAGUCUGCCAUGA